UGUGAUUGUUAGUGAGUGAAGGAGAUGGAACUGAAGCGGCAGCUCAGCGUCUUCAUGCUACUCAUACAGGUUUCGCUUGCGUUGUGGCAGCGUGUGACUGUAAAGAAAGGUCAGACACUCAUCUUAAGCUGCCCCAUUACCGAUGGUCACAAGAACAGUGUGGACUGGAAGAACCCAGAAGGAUACAUUAUGUUCUUCAAUAACAAUAGAGCUUUAAAGGACAAGCGCUACAGAAUCAACAAACUGUCUGUCUCAGAAUUCUCCAUCAGUAUUUCUAAUGUCACCUUCAAAGAUGGAGGCAACUAUACAUGCUCUCAGUAUGGCCAUGACACAAUACAGAAAAAAGUGGAGGUGACUGUGUUGGCUCAUCCCAAAAUGGAAGAAGCAGAGCAUGAAGGAAAGUUUGUCAUAAAAUGCACUGCUGAGGGGAACCACUACCCUCCGCAGAUCUCCUGGAAAUUGGACCAUGGGCCGGAAAUUCUUGCUAAUGCCCAAGUCCAAUCUGAAGAUAAAAAACAUGUCUCUAUGGAUAUCUUACAUGUUCAGUCUGUGGAGAACAGAGUCACUGUGAAAUGCCUUGUUCGCCAUCCGGCUCUGCGCUCACAUCCUCUGAUGAACUUUGUCAAUAUUGGACGAAGCUCAACAAAGUCCCAAAGCCCAACUACGGCUAAUGCCCCCACAGCUCAGCCGCAAGGGUCAACAGGGCUGCCGAGAACAAUAACCAGUUGGUUCAAACAUGGAAGAACAACAGUGGACCUAACAACCAGAGAUGUGAAUGGGCCUUCAUCUGAGAGCUCUAUCAAGUUAUCAGCUGUUCCCUCCAAUGGGCCAAAGACAGUUACAACACCCACUAGGUUUCCCAUGAACCCUGUUACAUCCAAAAGCUCACAUCUCACCACUAGUGGCUGGGAAUCUGUCUCUGAGGCAACAAAGGAGAUCGUAUCCUUUAACAGUACGGAGAGAAACAGAACAGGGAGCAUUAAUGACCCAAGGAUGCAGACAGGAAGUGAAGGAGGAUCAUCGUUGCUGGUCUUCCUGGUGACAUGCCUAAUUUUUGGUCUUCUGGUAGUGGUAAUUUUUUUUGCCAUCAAGCUGAGGAGAGCGCACAUCACCUGGAAGAGAGUUUUUAUUGUUACAGAGAAUGAAGACUCUGAUCCCUCAGAGGAGAGCAGUAAAUCAAAAUCAAGCCAGGAGGAGAGGAACUCCCAAGGACAAAGGCGAAGAGGACUCUUCAACACGGCAUUCACAAAGUAUGUGGUUGAAGAACCAACAGUGAUAACUUCAGUUAUAAACAAAUGUGCGAUGACGGCAACAGAGAGUGGAAAUAAAGAGCAAACUUCUCAACCUCAAGCCCUGUCACAAAUUCCAGUAAAAUGUGACAUAAAGGAGACUGAGCUAUAACAAUGUAAAAUACAACAUUUAUAAUUUCAUCAGCACCAUAAUCAUGCUCAGAGAUCAAGCUGAUCAUCUUUUUUAGUGCACUUGUAACAAAGGGUGUAUGUUUACAAAGAGAAGAAUGUGGUAACACGUAAUUUUAACUUCAGUACUUUACUGUACUGUAUAGAUAUUAUGUUUACAUGUACCAUUAAAGUAUAUUUUGAUAGAACAUACUUUGUUUGAACAUGGAUUAGUGAUGUUUAAGGGAGAUAUUGUUUUUGCGUUUUAUCUGUAUCUUUUGUGUCUUUUCUCAUAAAGUGGCACCAGGUGAUGUGACAUCUCAAGUAUCUUCAUAAAAUAGGAGGUU